AUGGCUACCGAGGUGAGGAGCCAAUUGGCCGAACAUCCACUGCUGAGUCCAAAGGCUGAGCUGAAGACUGAGAAGAAAUCAGGGCCCAGGCCAAGGAGUCACGGUGACGGUGGGCCACAGAAAGAGCUGGUGAUCCCAGGCAUCGUGGAUUUUGAGCUGACUCAAGAGGCAGUGAGGACCCCCAAGCCCCAAACCCCUGGUGCCUACCGUUUUGGCCGCCUCAGCCACCACUCCUUCUUCUCCAGGCACCACCCCCACCCUCAGCGCGUGACUCACAUCCAAGAUCUCACUGGGAAGCCUGUCUGUGUCGUCCGGGACGAGUUCUCUCCAGCCCCCUUGCCUCCGGCAGUGUUCUUACCUCACUGUAUGAUGGGGAUACCAGCCACCUCUGUUCCCACUGGAGACCCACAGUCCAAUCGAGACCCUUGGCUUUCUUCCGAGAGCUGGAAGAAGGAGUUAAAGGACCUGGCUUCCCGGGUGGCCAUCUUCACCAAGGAGAAUGAAAAGAAGAACAAUGAGCAAAAGGAGGAGCCACAAAGAGAGCAGGGGGCAAAGUACUCAGCUGAGACUGGGAGGCUCAUUCCAGCUUCCACCCGUGCCACUGCCCACCGCAAUUCCCACCACGGCCAACACAGCCACCCUUCAGGCCGCAAUGGAGGAGUCCGCACCUUCAUUCUACAGGACCAGGAGCUGCUGAUCUUGGAGCUCCUCUGCCAAAUCUUGCAAACAGAUUCGCUGAGUGCCAUCCAGUUCUGGCUACUCUCUGCUCCCCCAAAGGAGAAGGACUUGGCACUGGGGCUCCUGCAGACAGCUGUGGCCCAGCUUCUUCCUCAACCCCUAGUCUCCAUUCCAGCAGAAAAACUUCUGAACCAACUUCAAGAAGUUCAAAAUCCAUCUCAGGAGAAGCAACAGCCACACUACAGUCAAUCCCCGAAGAAGACGAAGAUACCACCUGUACUGAAGAGCGAAAAGCCAGAGCACAUUGGAACAGCACAAGUCCUCCGCAUGCACUCAAGCCAAAACUCAGAAGAGAAAGCGUCCGAGCCAAAGGCAGGGAGCUGA